AUGGUGGCUGGCAUGCUCAUGCCGCUGGAGCAGCUGCGGGCCAUCUAUGAGGUUCUCUUCCGCGAGGGUGUGAUGGUGGCCAAGAAGGACCGGCGGCCCCGCAGCCUGCACCCCCACGUGCCCGGCGUCACCAACCUGCAGGUCAUGCGUGCCAUGACUUCCCUGCGGGCGCGGGGCCUGGUACGGGAGACCUUCGCUUGGCGCCACUGCUAUUGGUACCUCACCAACGAGGGAAUCGCCCACCUGCGCCAGUACCUGCACCUGCCGCCAGAGAUUGUGCCGGCCUCACUGCAGCGCGUGCGCCGUCCAGUCGCCACGGCGACGGCCCCGCGCCGGGCCCCCCACGUGCAGAGCGUGCAGGGCCCCGUGGGCUGCCCACUUAAGCGGAGGCCGCCCCCUGCCCAGGAUUUGGCCCGAGAGGAGAGGAGCGUCUAUCGCAGAAAGGAACCCGAGGACGGGGCACCUGAACCCCCUGUGGUGCCUGCCACCACCCUGGGGACCCUGGCCAGGCCCUGCCCAGAACCUGCCCCAACCACAGAUGAGCGAGACCGUGUGCAGAAGAAGACCUUCACCAAGUGGGUCAACAAGCACCUCCUCAAGGCCCAGAGGCAUAUCAGUGACCUGUAUGAAGACCUCCGAGAUGGCCACAACCUCCUCUCCCUGCUGGAGGUCCUCUCGGGGCAAAGCCUGCCGAGAGAGCGGGACACAGUCAGGAGUUUGCGCCUGCCCCGGGAGAAGGGCAGGAUGCGCUUCCACAAGCUGCAGAACGUACAGAUUGCCUUGGACUACCUGCGCCACAACCAGGUGAAGCUGGUGAACAUCCGCAACGAUGACAUUGCCGACGGCAACCCCAAGCUGACCCUGGGCCUCAUCUGGACCAUCAUCCUGCACUUCCAGAUCUCGGACAUCCAGGUGAGCGGGCAGUCUGAGGACAUGACAGCCAAGGAGAAGCUGCUGCUGUGGUCCCAGCGCGCGGUGGAAGGCUACCAGGACCUGCACUGUGACAACUUCACCUCCAGCUGGCGGGACGGCCGCCUCUUCAAUGCCAUCAUCCACCGCCACAAGCCCAUGCUCAUCGACAUGAACAAGGUGUACCGUCAGAGCAACCUGCAGAACCUGGACCAGGCCUUCUCCGUGGCCGAGCGAGACCUGGGAGUGACGCGGCUGCUGGACCCUGAGGAUGUGGACGUCCCCCACCCUGACGAGAAGUCCAUCAUCACCUAUGUGUCCUCCCUGUACGACGCCAUGCCUCGUGUGCCCGAUGCUCAGGAUGGGGUGAAGGCCAACGAGCUGCAGCUGCGCUGGCAGGAGUACAGGGAGCUGGUGCUGCUGCUGCUGCAGUGGAUACGCCACCACACCGUGGCCUUCGAGGAGCGCAAGUUCCCUGCCAGCUACGAAGAGAUCGAGAUCCUGUGGUGCCAGUUCCUCAAGUUUAAGGAGACGGAGCUUCCAGCCAAGGAGGCGGACAAGAACCGCUCCAAAGCCAUCUACCAGUCUCUUGAGGGCGCGGUGCAAGCGGGCCAGCUCAAGAUGCCUCCUGGCUACCACCCGCUGGACGUGGAGAAGGAGUGGGGCAAGCUGCACGUGGCCAUCCUGGACCGGGAGAAGCAGCUGCGCAGCGAGUUUGAGAGGCUGGAGUGUCUGCAGCGCAUCGUGAGCAAACUGCAGAUGGAGUCGGGGCUGUGCGAGGAGCAGCUGAACCAGGCUGACGCCCUGCUGCAGGCGGACUUCCGGUUGCUGGUGGCGGGUAAGGCGCCCCAGCGGGCAGGAGAGGUGGAGCGGGACCUGGACAAGGCGGAUGGCAUGAUCCGGCUGCUUUUCAACGACGUGCAGACCCUUAAGGAUGGGCGGCACCCGCAGGGCGAGCAGAUGUACCGCAGGGUGUACCGCCUGCACGAGCGUCUGGUGGCUGUCCGCACCGAGUACAACCUCCGCCUGAAGGGGGGCGUGCCCGUGACCCCGAGUGUGGCGCCCAGCACAGCCAGAGCCCGAGACCCAGAGCUCGAGAGCUCCACGCUGCGCUACCUACAGGACCUGCUGGCCUGGGUGGAGGAGAACCAGCGGCGGGUGGACGGUGCUGAGUGGGGCGUGGACCUGCCCAGCGUGGAGGCUCAGCUGGGCAGCCACCGCGGCUUGCACCAGUCCAUCGAGGAGUUCCGGGCCAAGAUCGAGCGGGCGCGCAGCGAUGAGAACCAACUCUCUCCAACCACCCGGAGUGCUUACUCGGACUGCCUGGGCCGGCUGGACCUGCAGUAUGCCAAACUGCUGAACACCUCGAAGGGCCGGCUCCGAGCCCUGGAGGGGCUGCACAGCUUUGUGGUGGCCGCCACCAAGGAGCUGAUGUGGCUGAAUGAGAAGGAGGAGGAGGAGGUGGCCUUUGACUGGAGUGAUCGUAACGCCAACAUGGCCGCCAAGAAGGAGAGCUACUCGGCCCUGAUGCGGGAGCUGGAGCUUCGGGAGAAGAAGAUCAAGGAGAUCCAGACCACAGGGGACCGGCUGCUGCGCGAAGAGCACCCUGCCCGCGCCACGGUGGAGUCUUUCCAGGGGGCCCUGCAGACACAGUGGAGUUGGAUGCUACAGCUGUGCUGCUGCAUCGAGGCACACCUGAAGGAAAACACCACCUACUUCCAGUUCUUCUCAGAUGUCCGAGAGGCCGAGGAGCAGCUGCAGAAGCUGCAGGAGACACUGCGCAGGAAGUACACCUGUGACCGUUCCGUCACGGUUACCCGCCUGGAGGACCUGCUGCAGGACGCCCAGGAUGAGAAGGAGCAGUUAAACGAGUACAAGGGCCAUCUCUCGGGCCUGGCCAAGAGGGCCAAGGCCAUUGUGCAGUUGAAGCCCCGUCACCCUGCCUACCCGCUGCGGGGCCGCCUGCCGCUGCUGGCCGUGUGCGACUAUAAGCAGGUGGAGGUGACCGUGCACAAGGGGGACGAGUGCCAGCUGCUGGGGUGUGCGCAGCCGUCCCACUGGGAGGUGCUCAGCAGUGCAGGCAGCAAGGCCGCCGUGCCUGCCGUCUGCUUUCUCGUGCCCCCUCCCAACCAGGAGGCCCAGGAAGCUGUCACCAGGCUGGAGGCCCAGCACCAAGCCCUGGUCGAGCGCUGGCACCAGCUGCACGUGGACCUCAGGAGCCUCCUGGCUUGGCAGAGCCUCAGCCGGGACGUGCAGCUCAUCCGCUCUUGGUCGCUGGUCACGUUCCGCACCUUGAAGCCCGAGGAGUCUCGCCAAGCCCUGCGCAGCCUGGAGUUGCACUACCAGGCUUUCCUGCGGGACAGCCAGGACGCCGGCAGCUUUGGGCCUGAGGACCGGCUGCAGGCUGAGAGGGAGUAUGGCUCCUGCAGCCGCCACUACCAGCAGCUGCUGCAAAGCCUGGAGCAGGGCGAGCAGGAGGAGUCACGCUGCCAGCGCUGCAUCUCGGAGCUCAAGGACAUCCGGCUGCAGCUGGAGGCCUGCGAGACACGCACAGUGCACCGGCUGCGGCUGCCGCUGGACAAGGAGCCGGCGCGAGAGUGCGCCCAGCGCGUGGCUGAGCAGCAGAAAGCACAGGCUGAGGUGGAGGGGCUGGGCAAGGGCGUGACCCGACUCUCUGCUGAGGCUGAGAAGGUGUUGGCCCUGCCGGAGCCCUCGCCGGCUGCCCCCAUGCUGCGCUCUGAGCUGGAGCUGACACUGGGCAAGCUGGAGCAGGUCCGCAGCCUGUCGGCCAUCUACCUGGAGAAGCUCAAGACCAUCAGCCUGGUGAUCCGCAGCACGCAGGGGGCCGAGGAGGUGCUGCGGGCCCAUGAGGAGCAGCUCAAGGAGGCACAGGCGGUACCCGCCACCCUCCCGGAGCUGGAGGCCACCAAGACUGCCCUGAAGGAGCUGCGGGCCCGUGCGGAGGCGCAGAGGCCUGUGUUCGACGGCCUGCGAGAGGAGCUCCGGGCGGCACAGGAGGUGGGUGAGCGGCUGCAGCAGAGGCACGGCGAGCGAGACGUGGAGGUGGACCGCUGGCGGGAGCGGACCUCGCAGCUGCUGGAGCGCUGGCAGGCGGUGCUGGCUCAGGCCGAUGGCCGUCAGCGGGAGCUGGAGCAGCUGGGCCGGCAGCUGCGCUACUACCGCGAGAGCGCCGGCCCUCUGGGCGCCUGGCUGCAGGAUGCGAAGGAGCGGCAGGAGCAGAUCCAGGCGGUGCCGCUGGCCAGCAGCCAGGUGGUGCAGGAGCAGCUGCGGCAGGAGAAGGCACUGCUGGAGGAGAUUGAGCGCCAUGGGGAGAAGGUGGACGAGUGCCAGAAGUUCGCCAAGCAGUACAUCAAUGCCAUCAAGGACUAUGAGCUUCAGCUGGUCACGUACAAGGCACAGCUGGAGCCUGUGGCCUCGCCGGCUAAGAAGCCCAAGGUCCAGUCAGGAUCUGAGAGUGUCAUCCAGGAGUACGUGGAUCUGCGUACGCGCUACAGCGAGCUGACCACGCUCACCAGCCAGUACAUCAAGUUCAUCAGUGAGACCCUGCGGCGCUUGGAGGAGGAGGAGCGGUUGGCUGAGCAGCAGCGGGCAGAGGAGCGGGAGCGACUGGCCGAAGUGGAGGCUGCGUUGGAGAAGCAGCGGCAGCUGGCCGAGGCCCAUGCCCAGGCCAAGGCGCAGGCGGAGCGGGAGGCCCAGGAACUGCAGCGCCGCAUGCAGGAAGAGGUGGCCCGGCGGGAGGAGGCGGCGGUGGAUGCGCAGCAGCAGAAGCGCAGCAUCCAGGAGGAGCUGCAGCAUGUGCGGCAGAGCUCUGAGGCCGAGAUCCAGGCCAAGGCACAGCAGGUGGAGGCAGCCGAGCGCAGCCGGCUGCGCAUAGAGGAAGAGAUCCGGGUGGUGCGCCUGCAGCUGGAGAGCACCGAGCGCCAGCGUGGAGGGGCGGAGGGUGAGCUGCAGACGCUGCGCGCACGCGCUGAGGAGGCCGAGGCCCAGAAGCGGCAGGCACAGGAGGAGGCCGAGCGGCUGCGGCGGCAGGUGCAGGACGAGAGCCAGCGCAAGCGGCAGGCCGAGGCAGAGCUGGCCCUGCGUGUGAAGGCCGAGGCGGAGGCUGCGCGGGAGAAGCAGCGUGCUCUGAAGGCGCUGGAGGAGCUGCAGCUGCAGGCCGAGGAGGCGGAGCGGAGGCUGCGGCAGGCGGAGGUGGAGCGCGCGCGCCAGGUGCAGGUGGCGCUGGAGUCUGCGCAGCGCAGCGCAGAGGCGGAGCUGCAGAGCAAGCGGGCCUCCUUCGCUGAGAAGACGGCCCGGCUGGAGCGCACGCUGCAGGAGGAGCACGUGGCCGUGGCGCAACUGCGGGAAGAGGCAGAGCGGCACGCGCAGCAGCAGGCGGAAGCGGAGCGUGCCCGGGAGGAGGCCGAACGCGAGCUGGAGCGCUGGCAGCUCAAAGCCAACGAGGCGCUGCGGCUGCGGCUGCAGGCCGAGGAGGUAGCGCAGCAGAAGAGCCUGGCGCAGGCCGAGGCCGAGAAGCAGAAGGAGGAGGCGGAGCGCGAGGCGCGGCGGCGCGGCAAGGCCGAGGAGCAGGCCGUGCGGCAGCGGGAGCUGGCCGAGCAGGAGCUGGAGCGGCAGCGGCAGCUGGCCGAGGGCACGGCGCAGCAGCGCCUGGUGGCCGAGCAGGAGCUGAUCCGCCUGCGGGCCGAGACCGAGCAGGGCGAGCAGCAGCGGCUGGUGCUGGAGGAGGAGCUGGCCCGGCUGCAGCGGGAGGCGGCCGCCGCUGCGCAGAAGCGCCAGGAGCUGGAGGCGGAACUGGCCAAAGUGCGUGCGGAGAUGGACGUGCUGCUGUCCAGCAAGGCGCGCGCCGAGGAGGAGUCGCGCUCCACCAGCGAGAAGUCCAAGCAGAGGCUGGAGGCCGAGGCUGGCCGCUUCCGGGAGCUGGCCGAGGAGGCCGCCCGCCUGCGGGCCCUGGCUGAAGAGGCCAAGCGGCAGCGGCAGCUGGCCGAGGAGGAUGCGGCCCGGCAGCGGGCGGAGGCCGAGCGUGUGCUGGCCGAGAAGCUGGCCGCCAUCAGCGAGGCCACGCGGCUGAAGACGGAGGCGGAGAUCGCUCUCAAGGAAAAGGAGGCGGAGAACGAGCGGCUGCGGCGCCUGGCUGAGGACGAGGCCUUUCAGCGGCGGCAGCUAGAGGAGCAGGCGGCGCAGCACAAGGCUGACAUCGAGGAGCGCCUGGCGCAGUUGCGCAAGGCCUCGGAGAGCGAACUGGAGCGGCAGAAGGGGCUGGUGGAGGACACACUGCGGCAGCGGCGACAGGUGGAGCAGGAGAUCCUGGCGCUGAAGGUGAGCUUUGAGAAGGCCACCGCCGGCAAGGCGGAGCUGGAGCUGGAGCUGGGCCGCAUCCGCGCCAGCGCCGAGGACACGUUGCGCGGCAAAGAGCAGGUCGAGCAGGAGGCCGCGCGCCAGCGGCAACUGGCAGCCGAGGAGGAGCAACGGCGUCGCGAGGCCGAAGAGCGGGUGCAGAAGAGCCUGGCAGCGGAGGAGGAGGCUGCGCGCCAGCGCAAGACUGCGCUCGAGGAGGUGGAGCGGCUGAAGGCUAAGGUGGAGGAGGCUCGGCGCCUGCGCGAGCGCGCUGAGCAGGAGUCGGCGCGGCAGCUACAGCUGGCGCAGGAGGCCGCGCAGAAGCGGCUGCAGGCCGAGGAGAAGGCGCAUGCCUUUGCCGUGAAGCAGAAGGAGCAGGAGCUGCAGCAGACGCUGCAGCAGGAGCAGAGUGUAAUGGAACGCCUGCGCAGUGAGGCAGAUGCUGCGCGGCGCGCGGCCGAGGAGGCUGAGGAGGCGCGGGAGCGUGCCGAGCGUGAGGUGACGCAGUCCCGGCGGCAGGUGGAGGAGGCCGAGCGACUGAAGCAGGCCGCCGAGGAGCAGGCGCAAACCCGGUCCCAGGCGCAGGCCGCUGCUGAGAAGCUGCGCAAGGAGGCGGAGCAGGAGGCGGCGCGCCGGGCGCAGGCUGAGCAGGCAGCCCUGCGACAGAAGCAGGCCGCUGACGCGGAGAUGGAGAAGCACAAGAAGUUCGCAGAACAGACGCUGCGGCAGAAGGCCCAGGUGGAGCAGGAGCUGACGGCACUGCGGCUGCAGCUGGAGGAGACCGACCACCAGAAGGACAUCCUGGACGAGGAGCUGCAGCGGCUGAAGGCCGAGGUGACGGAGGCGGCACGCCAGCGCAGCCAGGUGGAAGAGGAGCUCUUCUCUGUGCGCGUGCAGAUGGAGGAGCUGAGCAAGCUCAAGGCACGCAUCGAGGCGGAGAACCGCACCCUCGUCUUGCGCGACAAGGACAACACGCAGCGCUUCCUGGAGGAGGAGGCCGAAAAGAUGAAGCAGGUGGCCGAGGAGGCUGCGCGCCUCAGCGUGGCGGCCCAGGAGGCAGCACGGCUGCGGCAGCUUGCAGAGGAGGACCUAGCGCAGCAGCGGGCCCUGGCCGAGAAGAUGCUGAAGGAGAAGAUGCAGGCAGUGCAAGAGGCCACUCGGCUCAAGGCCCAGGCCGAGCUGCUGCAGCAGCAGAAGGAGCUGGCGCAGGAGCAGGCACGGCGGCUGCAGGAGGACAAAGAGCAAAUGGCGCAGCAGCUGGAGCAGGAGGCGCAGGGCUUCCAGCGGACGCUGGAGGCGGAGCGGCAGCGGCAGUUGGAGAUGAGCUCGGAGGCGGAGCGGCUCAAGCUGCGGGUGGCAGAGAUGAGCCGGGCCCAGGCCCGAGCUGAGGAGGAUGCCCAGCGCUUCCGCAAGCAGGCCGAGGAGAUCGGUGAGAAGCUGCACCGCACCGAGCUGGCCACGCAGGAGAAGGUGACCCUGGUGCACACGCUGGAGAUCCAGCGGCAGCAGAGUGACCAGGACGCGGGGCGCCUGCGUGAGGCCAUCGCCGAGCUGGAGCGGGAGAAGGAGCGCCUAAAGCAGGAGGCCAAGCUGCUGCAGCUCAAAUCCCAGGAGAUGCAGACGGUGCAGCAGGAGCAGCGGCUGCAGGAGACGCAGGCCCUGCAGCAGAGCUUUGUCUCCGAGAGGGACAGCCUGCUGCAGCGUGAGCGCUUCGUGGAGCAGGAGAAGGCCAAGCUGGAGCAGCUCUUCCAGGACGAGGUGGCGAAGGCGCAGCAGCUGCGUGAGGAGCAGCAGCGGCAGCAGCAACAGAUGGAACAGGAGAAGCAGCAGCUGGUGGCCAGCAUGGAGGAGGCGAGACGGCGGCAGCGCGAGGCCGAGGAGGGUGUGCGGCACAAGCAGGAGGAACUGCAGCACCUAGAGCAGCAGCGGCAGCAGCAGGAGCAGCUACUGGCCGAGGAGAACCGCAAGCUGCGGGAGCGGCUGCAGCGGCUGGAAGAGGAGCAGCGUGCGGCCCGCACCGAGGUGGUGACUGUUACGCAGACCACCGGCGCCAAGGCACUGCCCAACGGCAGGGACGUACCCGAUGGCCUGGCCCCAGACGAGGAGCUGCAGCAUGCCUUUGAGGGGCUGCGCCGGAAGGUGCCAGCACAGCAGCUGCAGGAGGCGGGCAUCCUGAGCACAGAGGAGCUGCAGCGCCUGGCGCAGGGUGGCACCACUGUGGCCGAGCUCUCGCGACGUGAGGACGUGCAGCGUUACUUGCAGGGUUCCGGGAGCAUCGCUGGGCUGCUGCUGAAGCCGUCAAACGAGAAGCUGAGCAUCUAUGCCGCGCUGCAGAGGAAGCUGCUGAGCCCUGGCACCGCGCUGGUGCUGCUCGAGGCCCAGGCCGCCUCGGGCUUCCUGCUGGACCCCGUGCGCAACCUGCGGCUGACAGUCAGCGAGGCCGUGAAAGAGGGCGUGGUGGGUCCCGAGCUGCACCACAAGCUGCUGUCCGCCGAGCGCGCCGUCACCGGCUACACCGACCCCUACACGGGCGAGCAGAUCUCCCUCUUCCAGGCCAUGCAGAAGGACCUGAUCGUGCGCGAGCACGGCGUGCGCCUGCUGGAGGCCCAGAUCGCCACGGGCGGCGUCAUCGACCCCGUGCACAGCCACCGCGUGCCCGUGGAGGUGGCCUACCAGCGCGGCUACUUUGACGAGGCCAUGCACCGCGUGCUGCAGGACCCCGGGGACGACACCAAGGGCUUCUUCGACCCCAACACGCACGAGAACCUGACCUACCUGCAGCUGCUGGAGCGCUGCGUGCGCGACCCCGACACCGGGCUGCGCCUCCUGCCGCUCACGGACAAGGCUGCCAAGGGCGGCGAGCUGGUCUACUCGGACUCAGAGGCGCGUGACGUGUUCGAGAAGGCCACGGUGUCCGCCCCUUUUGGUCGCUUCCAGGGCCGGACGGUGAGCAUCUGGGAGAUCAUCAACUCCGAAUACUUCACCGCUGAGCAGCGGCGUGACCUGCUGCGCCAGUUCCGGGCAGGCCGUGUCACGGUGGAGAAGAUCAUCAAGAUCGUCAUCACGGUGGUGGAGGAGCACGAGCAGCGGGGCCAGCUCUGCUUCCAGGGCCUGCGCGCCCUGGUGCCCGCCGCCGAGCUGCUGCAGAGCAGGGUCAUCGGCCAAGACGUGUUCAGCCAGCUCCAGCAGGGCGAGCGCUCAGUGCAGGAGGUGGCCGAGGUGGAGGCCGUGCGGCGGGCCCUGCGGGGCACCGGCGUCAUCGCGGGCGUGUGGCUGGAGGAGGCGGGGCAGCGGCUGAGCAUUCACGAAGCCCUGCGGAAGGAGCUGCUACAGCCCGAGGUGGCCGUGGCCCUGCUGGAGGCCCAGGCGGGCACCGGGCACAUCCUUGACCCUGCCACCAGCGCCCGGCUGACCGUGGACGAGGCAGUGCGGGCCGGCCUUGUGGGACCCGAGCUGCAUGAGAAGCUGCUCUCAGCCGAGAAGGCCGUGACCGGCUACCGGGAUCCCUACUCCGGCCAGAGCGUGUCCCUGUUCCAGGCCCUGAAGAAAGGCCUCCUCCCCAAGGAGCAGGGCCUGCGUCUGUUGGACGCCCAGCUAUCCACCGGUGGCAUCGUGGACCCCAGCAAGAGCCACCGCGUGCCCCUGGAUGUGGCCUUCGCGCGGGGCCACCUGGACAAGGAGACACACAAGGCCCUGUCGCUGCCCCAGGAUGACGCCAAGACCUUCUUUGACCCUGGUGCCCAGGAGCGGGUCACCUACAGCCAGCUGCAGAGCCGGUGCCGGCCAGACCAGCUCACGGGACUCAGCUUGCUGCCGCUGUCCGAGAAGGCCGCCCGCGCCCGCCAGGAGCAGCUCUACACCAACGUGCAGGCCCGCGAGGCCUUUGAGAAGGCCAGCGUCGAGGUCCCCGUGGGUGGCUUCAAGGGCCGGACGGUCAGCGUCUGGGAACUCAUCAGCUCUGAGUACUUCUCGGAGGAGCAGCGCCAGGAGCUGCUGCGGCAAUACCGUACGGGCAAGGUGACCGUGGAGAAGGUCAUCAAGAUCCUCAUCACCAUCAUUGAGGAGACCGAGACCCAGCGCCAGGAGAGGCUGUCCUUCAGUGGCCUGCGGGCCCCGGUCCCAGCCAGCCAGCUUCUGGAUGCCGGCAUCCUCAGCAAGACCCAGUUCGAGCAGCUGCGGGAUGGCCAGGCGUCGGUUAAGGACCUCUCUGAGGUGGACAGUGUGCGGACGCUGCUGCAGGGCAGUGGCUGCGUAGCCGGCAUCUACCUGGAGGAGUCUAAGGAGAAGGUGGCCAUCUAUGAGGCCAUGCGGCGCGGCCUGCUCCAGCCUAGCACGGCCACGCUGCUGCUCGAGGCCCAGGCGGCCACUGGCUUCCUGCUGGACCCUGUGCGCAACCAGCGGCUGUAUGUCCACGAAGCGGUCAAGGCGGGCGUGGUGGGCCCCGAGCUGCACGAGAAGCUGCUGUCGGCCGAGAAGGCCGUGACCGGCUACAAAGACCCCUAUUCCGGCUCCACCAUCUCCCUCUUCCAGGCCAUGCAGAAGGGCCUGGUUGUGCGUGAGCGUGCAGUGCGCCUGCUGGAGGCCCAGGUCGCCACGGGCGGCAUCAUCGACCCCGUGCACAGCCACCGCGUGCCCGUGGAGGUGGCCUACCGGCGCGGCUACUUAGACAAGGCCAUGCACCAUGCGCUGCGGGACACCAAGGGUUUCUUUGACCCCAACACGCGAGAGAACCUGACCUACCGGGAGCUGCUGGGCCGCUGCGUGGAGGACCCGGAGUCCGGCCUCUUCCUGCUGCCCUUGAAAGCCGCAGAAGAGCCCCCGCAGGCCGUGGAGAGCACACAGGUAGUGUACACGGAGGAGGAGACGCGGCGGGCCUUUGAGGAGACCCAGAUCGAGAUUCCAGGGGGCAGCCCUGGCGCGGCCUCUAUGUCGCUCUGGGAGGUGAUGCAGUCGGACCUGAUCCCUGCGGAGCAGCGGGACCGCCUGAUGGAGGACUUCCGGGCCGGGCGCGUGACCAAGGAGCGGAUGAUCAUCAUCAUCAUCGAGAUUAUCGAGAAGACGGAGAUCGUGCGCCAGCAGAGCCGGGCCUCCUACGACUACGUGCGGCGCCACCUGACGGCCGAGGACCUCUACGAGGCCCACAUCAUCACGCUGGAGACGUACAACCUGCUCCGGGAGGGCACCAGGACCCUGCGAGAGGUGCUGGAGGCCGAGGACGCCCGGCGCUACCUCUAUGGCACGGGCUGUGUGGCAGGCGUCUACCUGCCUGGCUCCCGGCAGACGCUGACCGUGUACCAGGCCCUCAAAAAGGGGCUGGUGCCGGCCGAGGUGGCCCGCCUGCUGCUGGAGGCCCAGGCGGCCACGGGCUUCAUGCUGGACCCACUGAAGGGCGAGCGGCUGACAGUGGAUGAGGCCGUGCGCAAGGGCCUGGUGGGGCCUGAGCUGCAUGACCGACUGCUGUCAGCUGAGCGUGCUGUGACCGGCUACCGCGACCCCUACACAGAGCAGACCACCUCGCUGUUCCAGGCCAUGAAGAAGGAGCUGAUCCCAGCCGAGGAGGCACUGCGCCUGCUGGACGCCCAGCUGGCCACGGGUGGCAUCGUGGACCCUCGGCUGGGUUUCCACCUGCCGCUGGAAGUGGCCCUCCAGCGCGGCUACCUGAACAAGGACACGUACGACCAGCUCUCGGAGCCCAGCGAGGUCCGCAGCUACGUGGACCCCUCCACGGACGAGCGGCUCAGCUACACGCAGCUGCUCAAGCGGUGCCGCCGUGACGACGAGAGCGGGCAGCUGCUGCUGCCGCUCUCUGACGCCCGCAAGCUGACCUUCCGUGGGCUGCGCAAGCAGAUCACGGUGGAGGAGCUGGUGCGCUCCCAGGUGCUGGACGCGGCCAUGGCGCUGCAGCUGCAGGAGGGCCUGACCUCUGUCGAGGAGGUGAGCAAGCACCUGCAGAAGUUCCUUGAGGGCACCAGCUGCAUCGCUGGCGUCUUCGUCGAUGCCACCAAGGAGCGGCUGUCCGUCUACCAGGCCAUGAAGAAGGGCAUCAUCCGGCCCGGCACGGCCUUCGAGCUGCUGGAGGCCCAGGCGGCCACUGGCUACGUCAUUGACCCCAUCAAGGGCCUCAAGCUGACUGUGGAGGAGGCUGUGCGCAUGGGCAUCGUGGGCCCCGAGUUCAAGGACAAGCUGCUGUCGGCCGAGCGCGCCGUCACCGGCUACCGCGACCCCUACUCCGGGAAGCUCAUCUCCCUCUUCCAGGCCAUGAAGAAGGGGCUGAUCCUCAAGGACCACGGCGUCCGCCUGCUGGAGGCCCAGAUCGCCACGGGCGGCAUCAUCGACCCCGAGGAGAGCCACCGGCUGCCUGUCGAGAUGGCCUACCAGCGCGGCCUCUUUGAUGAGGAGAUGAACGAGAUCCUGACCGACCCGUCAGACGACACCAAGGGCUUCUUCGACCCGAACACCGAGGAGAACCUGACCUACCUGCAGCUGAUGGAGCGCUGCGUCUCGGACCCGCAGACCGGGCUGUGCCUGCUGCCGCUCAAGGAGAAGAAGCGAGAGCGCAAGACGUCUUCCAAGUCCUCGGUGCGCAAGCGGCGCGUGGUGAUCGUGGACCCCGAGACGGGCAAGGAGAUGUCGGUGUACGAGGCCUACCGCAAGGGGCUCAUCGACCACCAGACCUACCUGGAGCUGUCGGAGCAGGAGUGCGAGUGGGAGGAGAUCACCAUCUCCUCCUCGGACGGCGUGGUCAAGUCCAUGAUCAUCGACCGGCGCUCCGGCCGCCAGUACGACAUCGACGAGGCCAUCUCCAAGAGCCUCAUCGACCGCUCGGCGCUGGACCAGUACCGCGCCGGCACACUCUCCAUCACCGAGUUCGCCGACAUGCUCUCGGGUAAUGCCAGCGGCUUCCGCUCCCGCUCCUCCUCGGUGGGCUCCUCUUCAUCCUACCCGCUCAGCCCCGCCAUCUCCCGCACCCAGCUGGCCUCCUGGUCCGACCCCACGGAGGAGACGGGCCCGGUGGCUGGCAUCCUGGACACAGAGACGCUCGAGAAGGUGUCCAUCACCGAGGCCAUGCACCGCAACCUGGUGGACAACAUCACGGGCCAGCGGCUGCUGGAGGCGCAGGCCUGCACCGGCGGCAUCACCGACCCCAGCACCGGUGAGCGCCUGCCCGUCACCGAGGCCGUCAACAAGGGCCUGGUGGACAAGAUCAUGGUGGACCGCAUCAGCCUGGCCCAGAAGGCCUUCUGCGGCUUCGAGGACCCGCGCACCAAGACCAAGAUGUCGGCUGCGCAGGCGCUUAAGAAGGGCUGGCUGUACUACGAGGCCGGCCAGCGCUUCCUGGAGGUGCAGUACCUGACGGGCGGGCUCAUCGAGCCGGGCGUGCCGGGCCGUGUGCCCCUGGACGACGCCCUGCAGAAGGGCACCGUGGAUGCCCGCACCGCGCAGAAGCUGCGAGAUGUCAGCGCCUACUCCAAGUACCUCACCUGCCCCAAGACCAAGCUCAAGAUCUCCUACAAGGACGCGCUGGACCGCAGCAUGGUGGAGGAGGGCACGGGGCUGCGGCUGCUGGAGGCUGCCGCCCAGUCCAGCAAGGGCUACUACAGCCCCUAUAGCGUCAGCGGCUCGGGCUCCACUGCUGGCUCGCGCACCGGCUCGCGCACCGGCUCUCGGGCUGGCUCGCGGCGGGGCAGCUUUGACGCCACAGGCUCAGGCUUCUCCAUGAGCUUCUCCUCCUCCUCCUACUCCUCCUCGGGCUACGGCCGCCGCUACGCGGCCGCCCCCGCUGCCGCCCCGGGGUCCUCGACUUCAUUGGGUGGCCCGGAGUCAGCUGUGGCCUGACCCCCUGCCCACUCCCCCCCAGCUCUGCAUGUGGCCAGGCCCCGCCCUCCUCCCGAGGCGCCUGGCCUUCCUCCCACCUGAAGGAGCCUUCCUCCAAUGCGGUGCCUAACGUCUAACCAAAAAGACCAGACUAACACAGCCAUGUGUCCCUGCUGCCAACGGCCUGGGCUCAGGGGCGGGGCCGGCUGGCCCCACUGACCACCGCCCCCUGGGUCCCCCCCUGCCCCUACCCGCCACUCACCACAGCCAGGUGCCUUGGAGGGCCCAGAGUUGAGCCCCCAGUCCCUCGCCCACCUCCCCAAUGGGCCCCCCAAUCCUCUGGGUGUUGACAUCAGGGCCUGCAUUUCUUCUCAGAGUGACGGCUGCCUGCUAGCGAGGGGGCCCAAGUCUGCAGUGUCUUCCAGCCUGCCCAGAGCAGCCCCGCCCCACAUGGGGAGAUGGCCUGCUUCUGUUCUGUCUGGGCUGGGGGCCCCAUCCUCGGCUCUCCGUCAGGGCUCCCCUCCCUACCUGCUCCCUGGACCCCAGGCCUUGGCCUCAGCCCCCCUGAAAGUGCCUUCUGUGUCCUCCUCAGUCCCAGGCCCCAGUGGGGGGGAAUCCCGGCUCUCAGGCCCGGCUCACGACUCUGCAGGGCUGUCCUGUCCCCAACCCCCUGAAGGAGCCCCGCCUUGGGUGCCCACCCUGAGCAGGGAACCGCUAACCUAGUGUAGCUGCAGCACCUCUGCCCAGCCCAGGGCUGCCAACUGCACUGGCCUGGGCCCCCAGCCUGGUGCCACCCACCCCCUGUCCCAUGCAGGCCUGGCCUUGGUGGUCCCCAUCCUGCCUCCACCCUUGGACUGAGCUUUGCAUGUUCCACUAACCCGGGCAAUGCCAGGGGAGGGACUGGGCUUCCAGCCCCCUCCCUAAGGGCAGAACACUAACCUGACCAGGGGCGGGGCCUUGUGGUGCCUGCCCCCCAAUAAAGCAAUUCCAACCUUUC